AGCGUGCAGUCGCUCAACGUCACCCCGGAGCAGUUCUCCCGGCCGCUGCGGGACCACAACCCGACACGGGAGCAGUUCAUCGCGCUGUACGGGCUGCGGCCGCUGGUCUACACCCCGCAGCUGCCUGGGCGCGCCAAGCUGGCCUUCGUGCUCACCGGCGUGCUCACCUUCGCCCUGGCGCUCUUUGGCAACGCGCUGGUGGUCUACGUGGUGACCCGCAGCGAGGCCGUGCGCACCGUCACCAGCAUCUUCACCUGCUCCUUGGCGCUCAGCGACCUGCCCAUCGCCUUCUGCAUCCGGGUCACUGUGCUCGAGAACAUCUUCAGCCACUGGCUGGGGGGGUAUGGUCUGGCUGGUGGCAGUCAUCCCCCAUGUGGCAUGUGCAACGACUUGAGAAAAUGGGAAUUCACAACAUGUCAUCCCCUGUCAAAACACCUUUUUUCUAAUGCCGAGUUUGCCCCUGAAGAGAAAUACAGGGAGAAGCACGAAGCCCCAUCAUGGAUUUAUGGGGCCUCGACCAAGGCGGCUUCACGGACAUCAAAUAGCGUGAACCGCGUCUUGCUUUGGUGGGCCCAUAGUGAGACUGGGGUUGGUAUGUUUAUUUUAAAGAUUAAGUGUAACUUCUUAAAGGAAAAAGAACACAUCUGCUGCUUGGAAGAGUGGACCAGCCCUGAGCACCAGAAAAUCUAUACUACCUUCAUCCUUGUCAUCAUCUUCCUCCUGCCUCUUAUGGUGAUGCUUAUCCUGUACAGUAAGAUCGGCUAUGAACUCUGGAUGAAGAAAAGAGUGGAGGAUGGCUCAGUGCUUCAAACUACUCAUGGAAAAGAAAUCUCAAAAAUUGCCAGGAAGAAGAAGUGAGCUGUUGUUAGGAUGGUGGCAGUGGUGGCUCUCUUUGCUGUGUGCUGGGCACCUUUCCACGUUGUUCGCACGAUGACUGAAUACAGCAAUUUUGAAAAGGAAUAUGAUGAGGUUACAGUCAAGAUGAUUUUUGCUGUGGUUCAAAUGAUUGGAUUUUCCAAUUCCACCUGUAAUCCAAUUGUUUAUGCACUUAUGAAUGAAAACUUCAAAAAGAAUUUUUUAUCUGCAGUUUAUUAUUGCAUAGUAAAAGAAACCUUUUCCCCAGCACAAAGGCACAGAAAUUCAGGAAUUACGAUGAUGCAGAAGAAAGCAAAGUUUUCCCAGAAAGAGAACCCAGUAGAGGAGACCAAAGGAGAAGCAUUCAGUGAUGGCGACAUUGAAGUCAAGUUGUGUGAACAACCGGAGCAGAAAAAACAUCUCAAACGACAUCUUGCCCUCUUUGAUUCUGAACUUUCUGAGAUUUCUGCUUUAGGCAGUGGGCAUUAAUGAUAACAAUGUCUUCAUAAUUAAUGCCAUUCAUGGCUUAAUCUGAAGAGAAAAUUAUUUUGAGCAAAGGUCAAAGACUUGUUAUUUAUCUUGCAGUUUUUCCGCCAGACUUGUUAUUUAUCUAGCAGUUUUUCCGCCAUGCAGUCAAUGUAAUGUGGCUUUCUAUUUAUUGCUAAGAUGGAUGAGAAAAUAGCUUAACAAUUAUAUCAUUUUUCUGGAGUAAGUUUAAUAGUUGAACACUAUAGUGUAAUUUUUAGCGUACCGUUGAAGCUUGGUGAUAUGUCUCUUGCAAAAGAGGUCUCUCCAAUAAAGUCAAAGGCAUUGGAGAAGCAGCAAAAUGACAGAUGGCUGAGAUUUAGAGGCAGAUGCCUGGGUUUCAGUUUCUUACCCAUCACCAUUGCUGUGAUGAUUGACAAGUCACUUAACCUCUUUAUGCCUCUUUUCCUUCCCGUGUAAACUGGGGUGGUAUCUCCUACUUCACGAAGUUGCUGCCCGAACAAAAUGAGACAGGAGUGGGAAAGCACUCUGUACUCCAAAGCACCCCAAGUUCGAGUGCUUUUUUAUUGUAGUUCUUCAUGUCUCAGCACCCACCCUCUUUCUGUUCCCUUUUCCUUUCUGAGACUUGGCCUCAACCCUGUUCAGCUUUCCACUUGUGCCUAUUUUGUAACUGCUUUCUCUAAUCAAAAGAGGAACGUUUCUGGGAUCCUCAUUUAUAAGUUGACUCUAAUAUAUUUAGGCCAAUCUAACUAUAUCAAAUAUUUAUAUUUUUAAGGCUUUUAUUUUCACUGGUGGGAUGAAAGACUUUUUGUUAUGUAAAAGGGCUUUUAGGUGUAGUCAGUGAGAGAGAAUCAACUCCAAGCCCGUGAAAUUUUAUCAUGCCCAAAACUGACCCCCCAAGGGCUCUGGGUCAGGAAGAACCAUAACGUUCCUCACCUGUAUUCCUUACCUAAUUCUCCCUUACACUCAACCCCUCUCCUUUUAGUAUUUUCCUCUUACUCCCAAAUGUCAUCGUUCCAGUGGUCACCACCACCGUGCCCUGUUGCUUCCCCUUCAAUAUCUGAGCUUCUCAAAGUCCCGUCGUCACAGCCUCAUGGCCAAUGUGUUUCUUCUGCUUCCAAUUUUCCAACACUUAUUCUUCCAGCCAGGUAUUAGAAAGGAAGAGAAGCUCAAGAAUUCUCAGGGUAUUUCACUUGUACAGCUUUCAGGUUUGUGUACCAGAGAACUCAGGCCAUUGGGAUCUUUCAAGAUAUAGACAUUUAAUUUUAUAUGUGUGUUAAUGUGAGCAUGGAUUUGCAAACAAAAAAAGAUGAAACAGUGUGUGGUACUAGGGGAAAAUGUCAAUAUGACACAGGAAAAUUAACAAAAUCAAGAGAGGAAAACUGAUUAUUUGGUUUAUGUUG